AAGCUAUUUACAAGUUUUGUACCACCAAAAGAAUGUAGAUAGUGUGUGAAUUGGUGUUGGAUGAAAUGGCCAUUCAAACCAUUCGAAAACAGAUUUAUUGAGAUGAGAAACAAUUUUCCAGAUAUUUUGAUUUAAGCGAGGGAGCAUCAGAUGAUGAGUCAGCACCUGUUGUGAAAGAUGCUCUUGUUUUGAUGGCUGUCUUGGAAAGUCCCUUCCAGAUAUUUUUAUUAAUUGAUGGGUUGCGUGGUGUUGAAAGUGCUAAUCUUGUAAAUUUGUGUCUGCAGCGAUUGUGAAACACUGAAACAGAGGUAGCUUCUGUUACAUUUGAUGGUCCUUCUUGUAAUUUCACUAUGUCUACUGAGCAUGCUGCUAUGCUCAAUGCCUUAUUAUAAAGCCUUGUUUUCCUAAUCCUGUUCAAUCUGAAAACAAGGUAAAUAUUCUUUCAUAUGUUUUCAGAUGCUAAAACUAGCUACAAAUACUUUUCAGAUUGUUGUAAAUUUUUUUAUAAAAUUGUUUAUAUGUAUGGUAAGAAAAUGCAAAGAAAUUCUACACAAAAUUCAAGACCAAGAAGGACUGAGGGUAGAGAAUGAAAUCUAGAUACCUCAAUAUUAACUGGGGACCACAAUCAAAGAAAGUAAACCAAGUGCAAGUGUAGCUGAUGCCAAUCUGGUCUCCACGCUGCAAAUAAAAGGUAAUGAUAUCCAUAUCUUGACCGUGCACACUUUUAGCUUUCCAGUCACAAAGACACAACAAAAAAGCCAAUGAAUUAAACAAAAAGAAGCUGGGUUCAUUGGAUUUUGCUACUUUUAUUAAAAGACAGGAAGUGCCAUUGAAGUUUGUAGGAGACAAAAAUCGAGUCAUUUAGAGCUUUUAGAUAAAAGCACACUUUUAUAAACCAAAAUUUGCUGAUUUCAAUUUUAUAUGUUGAGUCGACUUUGUUCUUGCAGACUUAUGUUAACAUUUAGGUUGAAUGUCCCGUUUUCACAUUUUUGACUUUGACAAAGACUGCAUUAAGCCCCGGUCAAACGAUGCAACAUUUUACCUAACAUUUCACUGAACAUCAGUCUUUCUUAAAAUCAGUGCAAUCAUUGAAAUGGUUCAAGAUGUCUCCAAAAACCCAGUCAACUGAGACUCAGACCUGGCUCAUGGACUGAUUGAAGGCUUGUUUACAGGUGACAGCACAACUCUCCUUACAGGUGAUGGCUGGCCUGUUGGUGAAAACGAGUAUCUUUCAAGCUGGUCCAACAAACCAGACAUUCCUAAUAUCUCACUGUCAUGCCGCCUUUCUUCAACUGGUCCAAAUAAGUUGACAAUAAGGCCAUUUGGUUCAACAACAGACUGGAAUUUCAGGGCAUGUACUCGUUUAUGUCCAUCUACAAAUUGGACGCAUAGUACCAGCAAUUGUCUAGAGCAGCGUCUUUUUGGUGAAUUGCAUCUGCAUAUUGUUGCAGAUUUUCCCGUGAGAGUGAAGGCUGGUCUAGACUCCUCAAGAGAUGUCCAUGAGUGUCAACAAUAAAGUCAAUUACUCUAUUGAAUAUCAUACACAACUGAGGAACUGGCCUACCAAACCUUGGAACCAAGUCUGCAUAUCGACUAGAGUAUGACAAACGUCUAAGGCAAGUGCACAGUGCUUCGACAGAGUCGACUAUAAGGCCAUUCAUGCAUUUAAAAACCUCAGGGAGACACAGUGCAACAGCGAAACUAUAAAUAUCGUCCUUCUUAAACCGAAAAUCCACCAAACAUUCACUAUCAUCCAUGUCCUCCAGAACAAAACGAUCAUAAUUCCCGUAUGGCAGCAUAGCGUGAACGUUAUUUCUCCUGUUGGCAACAUCAAAAAUUAGAAUCUCUUCAGCAUCCAAAAGUCCUGCAGCAUGCAGCAUUAUUAGUUUGUCCGCCAUUUUUGAUACAAAUUUGAUUUUGGUGACAAAGCUGCGUACUUCAAACUAGGUCGUGAUUCGUAACAUGUUUUGUGACUACGGGGAGACAAAACUAGUGCACAUACCAUGGAUCGUAAACUCUCUAAUAUUAAAUCGGAAUGUCGAAUUUAUGUUUCAUGUUACUUCAGGAACUCUAUUGCAUCAAACGAAAGAAAUUUCAACUCAAAUGAAGACAAACUACCAAAAAAGAUAAAAAGGCUGAAUGAACAAUUGAAGAAAAUUGAAUCAAAUGAAAUAUUCAAAAAGAGGAAGCUGUCAAACCCACAAUUUAUCGCCACCAUGCGUUUUCUGCAGGAGGAGAAAAGAGAAAAUUUCCUACAAAAGCUGCAUCUCUUAUCCAUUGAAUGUCAUCUUCAGGUUAUGCUAAAGGAAAGAUACUCGACUGGACAAAAGCAAGCUGUCCGGCUGGCAAGACAAGUGAAUAAACAGACAAGAAGGAGAAAGAACGAGCUUGCCAAGUAUUGAGCUUUCGCUUUUGAAAGAGCAUAUGAUGAUCUCUGCAAAAUCUAUCACCUUUUUGGAAGCAAAGGAUCCAAAUUCUUCCUUGUUCAACAGAUUAAGAGCAGAUGAAUCGAAGUCCGUUGAUAGCAUCCCAUUUUCUACAAAAGGACGCAUCAUUAAAUUGACUGACCUUAUGACUAGAUGAGACAAAGAAGAAGCCUUCCUAAGACAGGAAUGUCAAACUCUCUGGAAUCAAAACUCUCCUGCAUUUCUUUAAUGCUAGAGAGAAUCAAAUUAUUGGCUGAAGCAGGUGACGCUUUUUCAGUUGGAUUUUCGGCUCUGUUGAAACGCCAUAUUAUACAACUGAAAUGCGACAUUGAUUCAGACAAAGCAACCGUCAAAGCAUUUGACACUUCUGUCCGGAAUAUUGAAUACAGCGAAUCGAUUCGCUGCGAAUUUUUAGCGGAAGUGAUGUAUAAUGACGUUGCUGAGCAGUCAGAUGAUGAAUCAGACAUUUAAUCGCAAUCAGAUGAUGAUUCUGAAGAUGAAUUUAUUUGACCAUUUUUCCGACAUCUAAUGGAAGAAUUGUUAUGAUAAAUCAAACACCGUUAAUUGUGUACCAUUUCUGUAUAACACCUGUGUAUAUAAUGAUAUUGACAAUUAGUAUUCAGUGUACCUUACGACUUGCAAAAUCGAGAGAACAACAAAAUACCUAGACUAUUUUUUUACCUUUGGAAGGAAGUCAACAUUGAAAAAUUCAAAUAAUACGCGUUUUCAUUAAAAGCCAUGCAUCAAAACCUUUAUUUGAAAUAAAGGAUUAGAAAUUAGGUCAUAUGAAAGGGUAUAUUUGAAAUCAAUAAAAAAAGUCUGUAUAUAUUAUCUUAGAAGAAAAAUAAGGAAGGCUGAAUUUAGAUUUUUCAUGGGUACGUAUAGGGUUUUAGUGGAAAACUACAAAUAAUGUGAGUUUAAGAAAUAAAAUUUUAAUGAGAAGGGGAUGUUUCAAAUUAAGAAUGUAAAGGAUGGCUGAAUCUAUAUUUUUUUCCUACAUAGAUGUUGAAAAAUACAUGUUAUUUGCAUUUUAGAUUGAAAUUUCUAUCAAGAAAGGGAAGUUUCAAUAUGAGAAUUGAAAGGGAGGCUGAAAUUAUAUUUUCAUCGUUACUAAGCGGGUAGAUGUGGAAAAAUACAAAUUAUUUGCGUUUUAGAUAAAAAAUUAUAUCAAGAAAAGGAUAUUUCAAGUUGAGAAUGGAAGGGCGGGCUGUUUACAAUGGAAAGAGAGGCUUAAUUUAGAUUCUUCGUAGGAUAUCAGGGGUUACAUGUAGAAAAAUAUAUUUAAUGCGAGUUUGAGAUAAGAUUUCAAUUGAGAACGGGAUAUUUCGAAUAGAGAAUAGAGAGAGAGGCUCGAUUCAGAUAUUUUAUAGAAUCUUAGGGGUUACAUGUAGAAAAUAGUAAUGCGAGUUUUAGAUAAGAUUACCAUCCAGAACGGGAUAUUUCGCAUUCCGAUUGUAAACAGAGGCUGAAUUUAGAUAUUUCAUAGGAUCUUAAGGGGUACCUGUAGAAAAUUACGUAUAAUUCGAGUUUUAGAUAAGAUUUCUAUCCAGAACGGGAUAUUUUGAAUUGAGAAUGGAAAGAGAGGCCUAAUUUAGAUAUGUUAUUGGAUCUUAGGGUGUAUAUGUAGAAAAAUAUAUAAUUAUGCGAAUUUUAGAUAAGAUUACCAUCCAGAACGGGAUAUUUCGAAUUGACAAUGGAAAAAGAGGCUGAAUUCAGAUAUUUAUAGGAUCUA